AUGAGAUUCUACCUAGAGUCGAUUUUGGUUCCAGUUGAUGAUUUUUUCAACAGAUAUCCGUUUUUUGUUGCUGGGGUUGUUUUCAUUUGGCUGUUUGUCAUCCCUGCGACUCAAGAAUACUUGACAAAGUACAAGGACAUAUCUACUCUUGAUGCUUUGAAAAAGCUUAAGGAUGACCCAAAUGCCCAGCUGUUAGAUAUCAGGGAUAACAAGACUCUGAGGGUUCUGGGCUCGCCCAAUUUGAAGAUUUUUAGUAAGAAUGUUGUUCAGGUCAAAUUUCGUGAUGGGGAUGACGAGGGUUUUGCAAAGAAAGUGAAAGAGAAUUUCGAGGAUCCUGCAAAUACCACCAUUUACAUUCUUGACAAUUUUAAUGGUAACUCCAUGAUGGUAGCUGAGUUAUUGUUCAACAAUGGGUUCAAAGAGGCUUAUGCUAUUCGAGGUGGAGUUAGAGGCAACAAGUCAGACACCAAAAACAACAUUGUACCUCACACACCAUACGACCCCACUAGAUCUGUACAAGAAAUACUACAUGGUUCCAUACUUGUUACAACCCAAAAGCUUCAGAGUAUAUAUCCAUUUGCCAAAUCCAAAAUCCUCAUUGAUGUUGCUGAUGAGUAUGGAGGUCAUGCAGAAGUUAGAUCACAAUCUUGUGUCAACUAUCUUUUAGUAAUUUCUCCUUCAAGGUCCAUUAGAACUCAGUCUUCAAUGUUUGUUAAAGAUAUUGCUUCUUGUUUUCAGAAUGAAGUUGGCAUUCCUGCAGUUACAGACAACAAAAUCCCUCAACCAUUUACUUUAAAUGAAUCAAGUUUUCUCUCGAAAUCUGCCGAUAUUGCCCCUGAUAUGAAUUCAACCAUACAAAAACAGGACAAUGCUGUUUCUCAAUCAAGCAUACCUCCUAAAGAUAUAGAUACACACCAAAAAACUACCAAUAACAGUAAGUUUCUUUCCGAUACUGCACCUGAUAUGCCUCUUAGUGUGUCCCCAAUGGAGGACCUUUUGUGUUCUGUUGUUCCUUGUAGCUUUUCUUCCGAUAAUACCCCUCCCCAUGUUAAUCUCCAUAACCCAAAACGUGUCUCACCCCAAAAUACUGAUAAUACCCCUCCCCAUGUCGCAAAGGCCCGUGAUGUUGGGGUCAACAGUAUUGUGCUUUUCCCAAAAGUUCCAGAUGCAUUAAAGACCCCUACAGGAGAUGAAACAUAUAAUGAUUCCGGAUUAAUACCUCGAACAAUCAGGUUGCUUAAAGACAAGUACCCUGAUCUCACAGAAAUGGUAUUCAGUUCAAAGGAUAGUACAAUCAUAUAUGAAGAUAUUGAUAGAAUCAUUGCUAAGGGAGAAGAGGGAACUGCAGAACUUGAUGCCAAGAUGAAAAAAUUCACAGAAGAUGCAAUCAAGUUCAAAAUGGACGACAGUAUGUACAUUUAA